GUUUGGUGAUUUCAUUUUGGUUGGAAUAGGUUUCUAUGUCCAAUCACUAAUUAUGAAAGUAGAGGGAUACACGAUGACAUUAGAGGUAGUUCCUUACAAAUGAUAGCAUGACGCACAAUAUAACUUUGAAUUCACCUCACGAUGGAAUUAUUUUCCUUUAAAAAAAGAGAAAUCCAUCAUCAAAAAAUUGUGCACCUCCAAACACCAAAGCAAUGAACAAUGCUGAAUCUCCAAGCUAAGUUAAAAAAGGUUCCUCUUUUAACAAACUUCCCCACACCAACAUCCUCACUCAAUAAUCUCAACUUGUCUUCUCUUCCCCUUGGUAAAAAAAAAAAAAAAGAAAUGCAUUUCAAGAAGAAGAUGAAGUAUAUACUCAAAACCAUAUUCAACCCCAUCUUCAUGGCCUGCCGUAGUGGUUGCGGCUCUACUGUCCGGCCUUCCUCUCACAGCCAUUACACCCCGGGGCUACCGGUUUCUCCCACGGUUUUACGCAGUCCAUGUCCUAAGAUCGACGAGAGCGUCGCGAUGGCUAAGGAGUCAAACAACCCCUUCGAAGAUUACAAGAAGUCGAUGAAACAAAUGAUCGAAGAGAGAUAUAUCGAGACGGAAGACGAUCUUAAGGAGCUUCUAAGGUGUUUCUUGGACAUAAACCCUUCUCCUCAACACAAUCUCAUCGUCCGGGCUUUCGUUGACGUCUGUUCACAUCUCCGGCCACCACACGACCGCCGUGGAAAAUCCCUUGGAAAAUUACUUUGCUUAUAUGUUAAUAAUCCUCUUGAUAAUAAUAAUAACAAUGAUGACGACGACUUACACCAAACCUCCUCAUUUAAUAAAUGAGGACUGAUCCUCCUCAUGCAUCUGUCUUUCUAUACAUGUUACAAUAUUGUGAUUUGUGAAUAAUUCGUUUUUAUGAUUUCA